ACAACCGGUGCCCGCCACGCUGUCUUAUUUAUUUUUCAUUGAUUGGAGGUAUCUUCUAUUACUUUCGCAAGUACCACCCAUGAAUUUAAUCAACGUCAAGCGAAUCAUCCUGAUUACGAAAAUCAGUUAGUCAACAGUUCUCUUCAUCUUAUCAAAGUUAAGCGUUACAAAGUUGAAGGCGGAUUGGGAAAGUGCAGAGACUAUAAACACAAGCAAUUAAAAGGCGACCAGAACUUAAGAUGUUCGCUCGAAAAUUACUUGUAAGGUGUUAUUGCAGCACUAAAAACGGCAACAAGCCUCCAGUACCACAUUUUACUGCUGCCGGAAGUCAUAGAUCGCCGUGGAAGAUCUUGAAGGACGAAUUUAAAUCGAUUAAAGAUGGUAAUUUGGAAAUGCCAGAGCAGAAAGUACCCCGAGAAUCUGAUAUUGUUAUCAUUGGGGGUGGGCUUAUGGGAUCGUCUGUGGCUUAUUGGCUCAAACAAAGAAAUCCGAAAGCCUAUGAAAUUACUGUUGUUGAAAGAGAUCCAUCGUACACGAGAGCUGCCAGUGCGUUGUCCUGUGGGGGACUACGUCACCAGUUUUCUUUACCCGAGAAUGUGAAGCUUUCAAUGUUUACUUCACAAUUCCUUCGAAAUAUCAAGCAAUAUUUAAGUGUUUUAGAUAUGGACCCUCCUGAUGUUCAGUUCAAUCAUCAGGGAUAUUUAUUCUUGGCCACACCUGCUGGAUCAGAACAACUUGCAAAGAAUGUCAAAAUGCAGAGAGAAAAUGGUGCCAAAAUUGAACUACUGAGUCGUGAUCUUCUGGCCAAAAAAUUUCCUUGGCUGAAUGUAAAUGGAAUUGAACUGGCCUCAUAUGGACUUGAAGGUGAAGGUUGGUUUGAUUCAUGGACUCUAAUACGAGCUCUGAAACAAAAAAAUUUGUCUCUUGGUGUAAGAUAUGUCACUGGUGAAGCAGUUGGAUUUGAUCUGACAUCAUAUGUUGAACAUAGCAGUGAAGGUCUUGUAACAAAAAAUAAGUUAGACUGUGUACAGAUAAAAUGUGAUGAUGGAAUUUACCACACAAAGUUUGCCAUUGUGGUUAACUGUGCUGGACCUUGGGCUGGAGAGGUGGCAGAAAUGGCAGGGAUCGGACAUGGUAAAGGCCUUUUGUCUCUGCCUUUGCCUGUGGAACCCAGAAAACGCUAUGUUUAUGUAGUCCACUGUCCAAAAGGCCCCGGUGUUGAUUCUCCAUUUGUCAUAGAUCCAACCAAAAUGUAUUUUCGACGAGAAGGAUUUGGUGGACAUUAUAUUUGUGGAAUGUCGCCAACAGAAGUGAGUUCAUUUGUAAUACACUAUAAAAGAGAGAUUGUGAAAAGCGCUUGGGCUGGUUUCUAUGAUUACAAUUACGCUGACCAAAAUUUAAUUAUUGGAAAUCACCCUUACCACAGGAAUAUGUUUUUCGCCAAUGGUCUUAGUGGCCAUGGCAUUCAGCAUGCCCCUGCCAUUGGUCGUGCCAUUAUGGAAUGCAUCAUUGAUGGCAAGUUUGAAACUAUAGAUUUAUCCAGAUUUACAUUUGAAAGACUGUUGGAUGAUGAACUUAUAUUUGAACAAGGAAUUGUUUAACAAAGAAGAGUUCCUCUUCCAAACACACACAUAACCAUCAGAGAGAGAGAGAGAGAGAGACAAUGAAAUAAAGAAAAUCGCAUGUUUUAUUUAUAACAAAUUU